AUGACGAACUCGACGAGCAGAAUCCAAUCGCAAAACGGUACCCAUGCCAUGCCUAUCUUAAAUGGGGCCACUUCAUUCCGCGAAACCUCUUCUGCUGGAGCACAACCGGCAAAUGGGCAUUCGGACAUGUAUGACGUCCUCAUCGUCGGUGGUGGCAUCUCUGGCCUGGUUGCAGCCAGACAUCUCACUUGUCUAGGCUUCUCUGUGCUCUUACUGGAAGCACGGGACCGUCUUGGAGGAAGAGUCUGGACACGUACCAUGGACGAGCGCGGUGGGCAUCCGGUUGACUUAGGAGCAAGUUACAUUCACGGGAUGGACGCAAACCCUGUGGCGAAGGUGGCCAAGGAUAUAGGGAUGGAGCUGAUGCAUUAUGUGGCGGAACACGGGGUGCUGCGAGACCACACCGGGUCCAUUCCUCCUAAUGACCUUCAGAUAUUCAAGAAUACCAGUCAGUGCAUCUUUCAUCACCUCAAGGACCUUUCCCAAACGUCCUCCUUCACGCCUCCACCUAGCACACCCCUCCUCACACCAUUUCUCGCACCUUCUUCUCCACUAUUCCAUAAUCUCACCACCCCCAUCAGUAAAAAACAAUCUAUUGCGCUUGCCCGCUCGUACGCAGGGUGGUGUGGGGCACCACUGGACAAAGUAUCAUUCAAAUGGUGGGGUUUUGAGCAAGAUAUGCAAGGGGAAGAUGCCUUGGUUGCGAGCGGGUACGGGGCUCUGAUCGAAUGGCUUAAGAAGGAGAUCAUGCGCAAUGGAGGUCAUAUUCGAUUGGGAGAGGAAGUUGUCGAGGUUAACUGUCUGAAGGAGAAGAACGACCAUGUGGCCGUUACGACAUCCGACCGUAGCAGGCGUGAUAACUGCCCACCAAAUCGCACAUGCUCAGGUCGAUACGCUCUCCUUACUUUGCCUUUGGGCGUCUUGCAAAAGCGACCUCCUACGUUCAUCCCUCCCCUUCCUCCAAGGCGUCUUGCAGCGAUCCGCCGUCUCGGUUCGGGGCUGCUGAACAAAAUCUUCGUCUAUUAUGAUACGGCAUGGUGGACGGAUAUUCAUUCCUUGUGGCUCUUACCCGAUCCUUCUAAUCCGGGAAACUUACUUGGCGAUCUCGACCAGCCAGCCGCCGUGCACCUGCAUAACUUGUGGACACUGCAAAACGUGCCCUGCUGGUGCUUCUUCAUGACCGGCUACGCUGCUGAACGAGUGGAAAGGAUGAAUGAUGUGCAGGUUGCUGUGUGGGUGGAAAGCAUCAUCGCACAGUAUCUAUCACCCGGCAAGCGUGCGCCCAGGCCUAAACAGAUCAUCACGACACGCUGGCGCUCGGACCGGUUCGCUCUCGGCUCGUAUUCAUACAUCCCCGUCACGAAUUCUGGAAGGGAGGAAGCCAGCCCGCUAGACAUGAUCGAGACAUCGCACUGUCUUUGGGGAAAGCUGUUCUGGGCAGGAGAGCAUACGGAGCCGGACGAGUAUGCGAGUGUGCACGCAGCAUGGAACUCGGGUUUGAGGGAGGCAAGGAAGUUAGAAGUCGCUCUCAAGUCCGCUCGACCGGAGGUCUGA